CAGGUGAGCUUGCUUACGAGUGUCUACCCUUUUCGUCCUGCAGACAAGGUCGACCAGGCAGAGAGACAGUUGUCAAGGCGAGCCGCAUACCCGAACGUGCCGGACGUUGGGGUUUUAUAUCACAGCGGGCAGCCCCUCCCAAAGCUCAUGCUGGCCACGACGUCAAGGAAAGUCACCCUUUCACGAUCUCAACCUAUGUCGAAUCGAAUCUUAUCCCGCACAGGGUGGUUCUUUCAACGCUUAGCCCAAAUGGUGCAAGAAAUCAUCCGCAGUAAUGAGAGGCUUGCUGGUGACAGGGGACCCCAGGAUGCCCUCUUGUGCUCUAUCUCAGCCCGCCUGCUUUGCUUCAAUAAGAUCUCCGACUGGACUGUGCUGGGACCUUCAAGCAUCAAGGAGCAUCAGCGCUCGAAAGUAUCCCUGCAUGUCCGGGGCGCCCCCCGAAGACUGUUGCAGUGGCAUCGAUUGCAAACUAUACCACCGAAGCCCCAGCCUAUAGAGCCUUCCAUCAGCUUGUUCGCGCUGCUCGGCGGAGCGAUGCUCCAUCCACCCAGCUACCAGUCUCGAGGACGCUGCCAAGGGUUCCUCGGUCUCGAGCACUAGGGCUUUUUUGUUCCGGUGUCCACAAUAAGCGGCGUAUUUUGCCGACUCCGUGGAGCGACUCCCGGGACGCGCAUGACUUACGGGGCAUUGAGCAAUCAGCUACCCCUGCGAAGUUGGCAAUCAUC